CCCAAAACAAAAAAUUAAGCAAAGAUAUUUUAAUUUUUAACAACUAUGGAAUAAAUGAAGCAUUCGAUAUUAAGGAUCCUGAUAGUGAUUAUGAUACUUAUGAUAAUAGUACAAGUUCUAUAACUAUUGAAGAAAGUAUUGCAUCUGAAGGUGCAAUAGAAGAUCUAGAACAUGAAUUCUUUAAAAUGGCAUCAUUUGUAACAGAAUCAACAGACAAUGAAGGCCUAAAUUAUUUUUUAGAUAAUCAUAAAAAAGCCAAAACAUUAACUUCUUGUGUCCUUUUACAUGUAAUUGAUGGUCAAGUAAAAUGA